UGUGACUUAAUCUAGUAUAAAACGAACGGCCCCUGGCUGUUGCGAGUCAUAGCAACGGGACGAUACAACGAUGGCGGACUUCGAAGAAGUGGAAACUGAUCGAUAUUACUUACAAAAAACUGAAAUAGCAGGAGAUUCUGAUGAUGAAUAUCAAUAUGAAGAAGUCCCAGUGGAUGAAGAUUUUAUUCCUUCAGAGGCCGAUGAAGAUUUAGACUUUGCCGUGAGAACCAUUUGUGAAAGCAAAGAAGAUGGGGAGGCUAUGGAAAAACAAGAUGUUCCACCAAAACCUUCUGUAACCCAAAAACCGGAGAUUGUGGAUGACUUUGUGAGAAACUUCCUGGUUCGGAUGGGUCUUAACAAAACUCUUGACUGUUUUCAAACAGAAUGGUAUGAGUUACAGCAGCGUGGAGUACUGAAGCAGGAAGAUGUGGGUGUGGUCCCUGACCUGUACACCAGGAACGAGCUACUGGAUCAGGAGGUCAAGUACCUGCAGCGGGAGCUCAACAAGUACAAAGAUGCUGCCAUGAAAGCCAAAGAUACUUACGUGAAGUUGAGGAAGGAGCGAGAUUAUCAUCGCAUGCAUCACAAAAGAGUGGUCCAGGAGAAAAACCAGCUGGUUACAGAUAUCAAAAGACUGCGUCGUCAUUACAACUCUUAUGAGCCCACCCUUCAACAGCUUAAGACGAAGUAUGAGCUUGCAAUGAAGGAGAAAAUGUUAUCUCAGCUAGAGCGUGACCGAGCCUUGGGUCAGGUGGCCGGUCUUCAGAGCACACUGAAAACUGUGGAGAACUUCAAGGGAGCCUCGUGUGCCCAUCAGCCAGCUAAAUCUUCUGUGCCCCAAAGCCGGCCCAUCAGGGGAGUAAUCUUGGAUGAGGAGGGUCGAGGCCCCACCCAGAGAGCUCUGGCCCAGGAAAGGGAGAAACUGGGAGAGACUAAAGAUGUCAGGGAGUUACCUCUGGCUUAUGAGAGACACCCAAAUGACACAGAGUUUCCUCCAGACAGGGGAGUUAACCCUUACCUGGCCCAGGUGAAGGCCCCAUCAGGCCAUCUGACCAGGACUGGUGGAUUCCGACUCUCAAACACCUUACAGGCACAUGCUCUGUCUAUCAGUGGCCUUGCUCUUCAUCCAAGAAAACAGAUCCUGGCCACUGUAAGUGAUGACAAGACAUGGAAGAUGUGGUCAGUGCCGAAUGGGGAGCUGAUCAUGACUGGGGAUGGACACACUGCCUGGCUCUCCUCAUGUGACUUCCACCCAUCGGGUUCCCGCCUGGCCACUACCAGCGGAGACAGCACUGUGAAAAUCUGGGACUUUUCCAAAUCAGAAUGCAUCCACACUUUCUCAGAUCACACUCUGGCAGUGUGGAGUGGAAGCUGGCAUUCCUGUGGAGACUUUCUGGCCACCUGCUCUAUGGACAGAACAGGCAAAGUCUGGGAUCUUAACAGUCUGCGAUGCCGUUACACUCUGAGAGGCCACACAGAUGCAGUUAACAGCAUUCAGUUCCUGCCCUUCUCUAACAUCCUUCUGACAAGCUCAGCAGAUAAAACCCUGUCUCUGUGGGACGCCAGGACGGGAUUGUGUGCUCAGACAUUUUACGGCCAUGUGCAUUCAGUCAACCAUGGGCUGUUCAAUAUGAAGGGUGACACAGUUGCAUCCUGUGACUCGUAUGGUAAUGUCAAGUUGUGGGACGUGAGGACUGUCUCCCCAAUGGUCAGCUUUGAUGUAGGACCACACCCUGCAAACAAGCUGGCAUUUGAUCCUUCAGGUGUGGUGUUGGCUGUUGGUAGCAAUGAUAGCACAGUGAAGAUGUACGAGCUAGCCAAUGGACAGGUGGAUAUUGAAUUGAUCGGCCAUGAAGACGCUGUCCGUGUGAGUUUUGACCGUGGUGGAGAGUUCCUGGUGACUGGAGGGAGUGACUCAACUGUCAGGAUUUGGUCCUAACUCUAUUCUCACUAUCUCUUCCUAUACUAAUUUAUGUAAC